GACCCUUCUUCUGCUUCCCAUACCACAACUGUAGUGUCACUACAGCCAGACUCUUCUCAGGUUUCAGCAGUCUAUUGCGCGGAGGUGUCUCGAGAAAUUAUCCAUCUUUUUAGGCAACACCCCUCUUCUCGGCCGUCCCCAAUUAGAAGGACCACUGCACCUGGGAAUCUGGGCAUGCAAAGGCUCGGCCUUACCAAGAUGAGCAGCAGUGUGAAGAUGGCACAGUCAAAGAGUUCUGGGCAGAGGCUGCUAAUAGGCCAGGAGGUGGCGACCAUUAAUGCCUACGUACGCUGCCUCGUUGAUGAUGACAAGAGAGUCUCCCAUUAUUAUAAUGCGAUCUACGAGCCCAGUGCCCAUGUCGGAAUUCACUCGUACAGCGCCCGUACAGUCACGCCCCCGCAGAGGCUAAUUGAUGAUUUGUUCGGUGAAUGGAUAUUUGCGAGGCAUAAGAUAUGCCAUCCAAUACC